CGCCAGACAGUCCGUGUGCGCUCCGUCCGUCCACCCGUCCGCUGCUGCUGCUGCCCAUCUGGCGCCCCGGUCCCGGCCUUCAAAACCCAACCCGGCCCCUUGCCCCGGCAGAGGCGACGGGGCGGUCCGAGGCCAAGUCCCGCCUCCAUCUCCAGGUCGGCCGGGUCAGGAUGCCAGAGGCGGUGUAGGCGGGGGGUGGUGAUGUCAUGUCACUGCUGCGACGCCCUCUCCCACGUUGCAGUUUCCGAGCAGUUUGGUCCAGGCGACUGUGCUCAGGUUAUGACGACUAACCCCAAGCCGAACAAGGCAUUAAAGGUCAAGAAGGAGUCAGGAGAGAACGCCCCGGUCCUGAGCGACGAUGAGCUGGUGUCCAUGUCGGUGCGGGAGCUCAACCAGCACCUGCGGGGCCUCACCAAGGAGGAGGUGAUCCGCCUCAAGCAGCGGCGACGCACGCUCAAGAACCGGGGCUACGCCGCCAGCUGCCGCAUCAAGCGGGUGACGCAGAAGGAGGAGCUGGAGCGGCAGCGGGUGGAGCUGCAGCAGGAGGUGGAGAAGCUGGCGCGGGAGAACAGCAGCAUGAAGCUGGAGCUGGACGCCCUGCGCUCCAAGUACGAGGCGCUGCAGACGUUCGCCCGCACCGUGGCCCGGGGACCCAUCGCCCCCACCAAAGUCGCCACGACCAGCGUCAUCACGAUCGUCAAGUCGGCCGAGCUCUCGUCCGCCUCGGUGCCCUUCUCGGCCGCGUCCUAGUGCCGCGUCCUGGGAGCGAGGGCGGUGCGGAGGGAGGGGGGAGGCGGGAGGGGG